UAUACAGCUUUGCGGCUGAAUACACGUUUUGCUGACUAAGCGAUAAGCACACAUUCGCUUAGUAUUCAAUGGUUUUUUCAUGAUGUCGAAGCAGUUCCUUGUACUUCUAUUGGCAUUCAGCAGAUGCCAUUCAUUGAGCCAUCGAGUAGGAAAUGACACAAAAGAAAGUUUCCCAUUGCACGAGGAGAAUUUGUUCAGCCAAAAUGCAGCAAUUGCACAAAAUUAUGUAAUUGCUUACAAAUUUUCCAAUGCUGGGAUGAUGGGAAUCAUUCACUAUGUUCAACUGGAUGUGAUUGGUGCUCAACAAACAAAUGCGAGCAUAAAAUUCGUAAAAGAUGUUAGUGUAUUGGAACGUCGUCGUGUCGAUGCAUUGGUACAAAUUCAAAAUGCGACUGAUUUUAUAGCAUCAAUUCGAAUUAUGGGGAAACCAGGUUUUAAAUUUGAAGACAUGUGGUUAACCAUUGGAUAUGGAUCAUUCAAACCACGAUCCUCGGCAUUGAUUUGUACGGAACAAACUCAGAAGAAAUUACAGAACAAAAAACGAAUUUUCAAAUUUGGCAAACGAACAAUCGGAGAUUUCUUGGUUCAUUUUCAAAGUGGAUAUGGGACCGUGAAAAAACUGAAGAGACCCGAGUUUAUAUUUGAUUUUCACGAUUCACAAGUGAACAUCACUUAUUUGGUAUUGGCCUCAAGUUCUCCCUGGGCCAUUAGUCUACACAAUAAAAUUUUAAUAACGGAUAAUCGGUUCCGAGCCACAGUGUACGGAUUGGAUGAACAACCAUUUACCACAACACUGAUUAUUUAUGGAAAACGAAAUUGAAUUGAGCAAAAAAAUAAACAAUUGGAACACGAAUCUAAUGAAAUUUCAAAUUGGAAUAAAUUGCCAAACAAACAUUUUGCGAUUUCAAUUAGUGCGAUAAUACUAAUAAAAUAGGCACAUGAAUAAGUCAGAGUUCAUUGCGAUAAAACGAAUCGGUUUUGAUUACGUUGAAACGUAUUAAUACUGAGAUUGGAAUGAAGUCAAUUCAGAGGCAAACACACAGAUGAAUGAUUCAAAUGAAGUGUAUACGAAGAAGAAAUAAUAUGAAAACCAAGAGGCUUAUCGCCUAUGAAAAUGAACCAAGAAAUCUCCGAUUGUUCGUUUGCCAAAUUUGAAAAUUCGUUUUUUGUCCAGCAAUUCUUUCUGAGUUUGUUUCGUACAAAUCAAUGCCGACGACCGUAGUUUGAAUGAUGUACGAAAGAUGAACCAUUUGCGUCCAACUUCAAAGCCUGACGUGACAUCCCCAUAAUUCGAAUUGAUGAUGUAAAAUCAAUCGCAUUUUGAAUUUGUACCGUUGCAUGAACAAA